GUGUCGUGACUCGAAGAUGUGGCUCUAAUUCUUGGUCUUCCGACUGAUGGACUUCCAGUUACGGGGAUGACAAUGAGUAGUUUCGAAGCCUUGGAGGCGGAGUGUUUGCAUCAGUUCGGAGUUGCACCGCGUAAGUGAGAUUGUAGAGGCAGCUGCAUAAAACUGACAUGGCUGCGGGAUCUUAAAGAAAAUUUACAGUUGACUGAUGAAAUUGGUAUACAGAGGUAUGUCAAGUGCCACAUUAUGUUGCUUAUCGGGACGAUCUUGUUUGGGGAUAAAUCAGGGGCAGGUGUGCACUGGAAGUUUCUACCCUUGCUUCGUGAAUUUUGCAGUAUUAUACAAUACAGUUGGGGAUCUGCAUGCCUAGCACACCUCUACAGGGCGUUAUGCCGGGCAUCUCGAGUUGACUGUAAGGAAAUAGAUGGCCCACUAACACUUCUGCUCGGUUGGGCUUGGAUCCGACUGCCAUAUCUAUCGCCGGUUCCUAGGGAGCCCCGCAGUUUUCCGCUAGCAAACAGGUGGCGAAACUGGGAGCGUGGUGACCGACGAUAUAGAUAUAUGAAGCUAGCUGACUUUAGGAAGGCCUUUGAUGAACUUCAGGAAGGUCAGUUUGUGUGGGUUGCGUAUACUGUGGAUCGCGUGGAUCCGAACAUAAUUCCUGCUGAAAUCUAUAUGCACUCGGUUGUCUGGAGCGCUACAGUACCUUUGGUGUCAUUUGAAUGUGUUGAGUGGCAUGCUACCGAUAGGAUUAGGCGACAAUUCGGUUUCGUUCAGGGAGUACCUCAUGAGGAGUGGAAUCUGGACAAGGCGCAUGGAGAAGUCCUGAUUGGUCCUAAGAAUCUUAACUGGGCCACGGCACCGACUCAUUACAGUUGGGUGAUGCAUUAGACAAACAGGUAUCACCACGUUCUUUUUGAGCUUCCCAUGCCUUCACAGCAUCCGUUGGAUACUUACAUGCAUUGGUACCGAGGAAAAUUUGGGGACCGAUUGAACUUGUCGAAUCUUGUGGGUGAAGAGAAUGAUGAGGGUAAUCAGGAUAUGGAUGAGGGUAAUCAGGAUAUGGAUGAUGACAAUGAAGAACAGGAGCCACAUUCGCCUCAGAUACCACCUCCAAAUCCGCUUCCACAGGAACAACCUCAGUUCUCAGGCCAAUA